AUUAUCUUGACGAAUACGAUUGGUUUAUAAAAGGUGAUGACGAUAUGUUCUUAAUGCCGGAAAAUUUACGUUUUAUGUUAUCAGCGUAUUCAACCGACGAUCCCAUUUAUUUUGGACAUAAAUUCAAUACGACAGAUCAUAAAUGGGGAUAUUUUAGCGGUGGCAGUGGAUAUGCGAUGAGCCGAAAAACGCUUCGCAUUUUUGUUGAAAAAGUGUUGACAAAUAAAAAUUUUUAUAAUAAUCCAAAGUCGGUUUGUAACAUUAAGACCGACGAUCGAAUUGAAGAUUAUGAUAUUUCACGGUGCUUGGAUUAUUACAAUGUAUAUCCCGGUGAUGCGAGAGAUCUAUUGAAACGUGAUCGGUUUCUACCAUUUUGGCCGGAAGAACAUUUUUUCAUCCGUUAUAAUCCAACGUAUUGGUAUUGGCAGAGAAAAUACUAUUGGAACGAUGAUGGAUUGGACUGUUGCUCAAAUUAUACCAUUGCAUUUCAUUACAUAUCAGCAUCGUAUCAAUAUACAAUGUAUUAUCUCAUUUAUAAGCUACAACCAUAUGGUAUUAAUCCACGUUACCCAAAGCCACCAAUGCAAAAAGACUUUAAACAAGUCGCCAAUUUACUCGAUCGUGAACGAUAUGAUCCAACUUUUCGGGGAUAUUAAUUUGGAGUUUUCGUUAAAAAAAAAAACUUUUAGCUAUAAGGCAGAAUUAAGCAAAUAUAUUUUAUAAGAAAAAAAUGAUUUUUUUUUGUACUCAAACUGACAUUGUAAACAUUGUAUUUAUAGAAAACAGAUAAUAUAUCAGCAGUUUGUGAUUUAGUUGUCAACUCUACUUGAAAACGGA